CUCCCAAGGGCACCUGGUGGGCCACUGCGAGUAGCAGAGAGCUGGACUAGAUGGACUCUGGUCUGAUCCAGCUGGCUUGUUCUUAUGUUCUUAACAUUUGGAUUGAGUUGCCACCAACAUGCCGAUAAUAUUCAAGUCAGUCUCAUGUUUCCAGCAGAUCCCAGGGAGAUUGUGGAAACCUUGAACAGGUUCUGGGAUAAAUGAGGGCUAACAAACUGAAACAGAACAGAGGUGCUGUCAGAGUGGUGAGGGGAAGGUUUGACCCAGGAAUUGGGAUGUCUCCUGUGCAGGAUGGGGCUGUAGUUCCCCCAGAAGAACAGAUUUCUAGCAUGGAAGUUCUGCUGCUCCCAAUUUGACAUACCAGUAUUGACCUUGAAAAUCCUGUUUAGCUUUGGAGCACCAUGGCUUAAGGACUACCUACUCUGUUGUGAACGUUCUGAUCCACUCCGGUCAUAUUUGGAGGCCCUGCUUUGGGUACCCCCACCAUCUGAGGCUAGACUGCCUUCUUGUUCAUAGAGCCAAAGCUUUUAAACUCCCUCCCAAGAGAGAUUAAUCAAAUUUCCUCUACUGUUGUCCUCUCUGGUUGCAGUGUUCUCUGUGUUAGUGUAGGUAUGUAUUUUAUUGCUGUUUUAGUGUUGGGAUGUUUUGAUGUUUGCUUCCUUGAAAACCUUGUUUGGAUGGGAAGGUGGAAGAGAUAUUUUUGAAAAAUUAACUUACACACUUUUGAGUGCGUACAUAUAUUUAUACAUACAUAAAAAUGGAACAAGGUUGGCAACUUUGGAUUGCCGUUACGAUGUCUUUUGUAGAGCAAACCACCUAAAGGCACAUAAACUUUAUAUAUAGCAUGUGUGUAUGUAGAUAUACGCACAUGUUAACUGACAACAGCAAAGCUUUUUCCAUCCAUGGAGGCAGAAGAAAAAUAAAUGAUUCAAAAAACCUUUCCUGCUCAAUUUUUGCAUUUUAACUGCCGAUAAAAACAAAUAGAGUAAAGCAAAUAGAAUUUGACAGAAAGCCCCAGGAUCUGAAGCUUGUGGAAUACUAGAAUUGCCUAGGCUGAUUAAAGAGCCUCCGGUCUUUCCCAACCUCUUUUCCUCCCUGGCAGAGGGUACUGUGUUACUGGGCCCGCCCUUCGUGCAGGUACAGGCAAUCAAGUCCAAUAAAUAAUAAUAAUAAUCUCCUUUUCAAACCAAACUUCGUAAUAGCUUCUCUUAAUAAACAGGAGGGUGACUCUUUUGUACCCCUGUGGAUGAACAAAAUGAUGUAUUUUUCUGUGGGCUACAUAUGGAUUUGUAAGUUGGUUAGUCCGAGCUGAUGUGGUACUUGAUAGCUUUUGAUGCUGCUUUUCUGUAACACAGAGAAUGUUUUACAAACGGUCAUGCCUGCUCCAGCUUUCAGCGCAGCAUGUUGCACAUAGACUCAUAAUGGUGGGAUGUGCAACUUGAUGGUGGUAUUUCCCUCGGAGAUUGUUGAGUUCUUCUCUUCUAUCACAUUUCAAUUGGGCUUCUCUUUCAAGUCUGUCAGGGUGACAUACGUCUUAGCAGCCCUGGAAGGCUGGCCUUAGGGCUGCACAUUGCGCUUUAUGGUUGUCAAGGAGUUGAUUCUGGGAUUCUUGUGUCCAGUUCAAAUAUUUUUGAUAUGUUAACUGCUCUGGUAUUUAAUAAUAUGUCUGAUAUGAUGACGGCAAGGUGUGCUUGUUAGCUAGUUCUUGCGUGACUGCAGUUGCUCCCAGUGUAAUUUACGGUCUGCUUGCCGUUACGAUGGAUUUUAGAAUUUUGUCAAAACUUGACAUCCUGAUUACUGGUCAUAAAAUGGAAAUCCUGAAAUAGGUGCGGUUUGGUGGCUUCUUGUGGUUUAAAAACUUUUUUUAAUUUUUGCUUUAUCAAGCUGAACGUUGGUACUCCAUUUCAUUGAAUAAUCUCAGGGUAUGAGGCAUUGAGUCUCCGUAGUUCAGUGUCUGGUUGCACUCUGCAAAGUGGGACUGAAACCACAUUGAUUUAAAUCAGAAAUAGGUUCUCCAUGAAGUCAGUGCAGAAGACUCUGCAGGGCUUUGGUUUGAAAAGGAGCACUUGGCAUAUUGUAGGUGUUUGCUCUUUCCAUUUAUCUUCCACACAAAUCUUGCCAGUUAGCAAUGAUUUCAUGCUGGGAUCUGGGGAGGAUCCUAGUUUUUAUGAUGGGAUAAACAUUCCAUCAUUGAUAUAACGAAAGAGGUUAGACUGAGGAAUUUUCUUUUAGUAGGGCCGCAAAAUGAGUUAGGACAUCUGUAGCGGGUUUCGUAUAUACAAAAACAGUAUGGAAUAGAUGAGUGCCUUAUCUUUGCUGCUUGACCAGACAAGUUUUUCCAAUUCCUAGUGUUUGUGUUAAGUGGAAAAUGGAGGAUUGGUUUGGAGAACUUAGUUACACAGAUUGAAUAGCACUUUAAAUUUAAGGACUUUGUUUGAUUCUGCAGUAUCCAUGAAAAACAUCAGUCAGUAGGUUAGAUGAACUACAAACAUAAGUUUGUUUAAUUGCAUCCUUUUCAGAAUUUGUAGCAUAGGAUAAAAUUUAGUAAAGAGUGUCCUUUUCAUUUCUCUGCAGUCGUAGUAUGGAAUGAGUUGGCAUGAGAAAUGGUGGGAGCAAACUGUACCUGUUCACAUGGAUCUUUAAACCUGUUAAUCUACAUUUGUAAAUUAAGGAGGUUUGACAAGCAAGUUCUUAACUGCAAUAUUGAAUUGGUUUAAUUUGUGAACUAAAUUAGUGGGCGAAAUCAGGCACAUAAGUGUGGUGGAGGUAUUUUAAAGUUUUUUCCUAGCCCUUCACUAAUCAUCUUCUUUUGGAAAUCCACAUUAAUAACUUGAGCAGCCCAGAAUAAUUGUUUAUUGUUCUGCAGAAUUAUUCUGCAGAAAAAAACUUGUAAUUGAAAGAUUUAAGGCAAAAGCUCUUAAUGGGAAAUACUUUUCAAUUAGCAAAACUGAUGUGCUGAUUUAACUGAUUUUGAUGUAACCCUCUCCUCAAAGUUUGGACGCAAGAUCCAUCCAAGACUGGUGAAAUUUACUCUGGCUUUUCCAUCAGUUGCUUUUUCUUGAUCACCAGGAAAAUAUUAGUGUAACCUAAUUCUGUUCAGUGAAUUUAACCAGCCCUCCCAACAAGUCCAUAGAUACCACUAGAGUACAUGCCAACACAAACUUUUGAGGUGCUUCUGCAGUUGGCAAGGAUGCCCUUGUCUGUUCAUCUGAAGGUGAUUUUCACUUGCCCAGGUGACUACUGAAGUGGUUGUUUGGAAGCCAAAACUAGUCAGUUUAGAUCUAAUUAAAAAGGUGUAUUCCUCUGAGCAUUUCUGUUAUAACUUCUGUGAUGAACCUCCUUAAAUUGCACAUUUGUGUUACUGUUCCUAUGUAUGUGUGUCUCUCUAUCACAUAACCCAGGACUUCUUUCCUCAGCCAUAUGGCUAGAGGCCGAGCCUAGCCAUGAUUUUACCUCCAAUGGACGCAAGUUUCUUUGGUGAAGAUUUCUCCUGAGAGUUCGACACUAGCAGAAAGAAGCGAGGAAAUUGACACCGUUUGGUUCUUACGGAUAGGUAUUUAUGUAUUUGGGUUUGUGUAAAUGUAAGCUGUUUUGACUUUCCGGAAAAAACAAACAAACAGUAUUUUGGCAAGGGAGUGUUGAAUGGUUGAACCAUAAACGGUAAGAACUAUGAAGGAAUUGCUUCCUCUUAAAAAUAAAUGAUUUUGCCUUUAAGCAAACUAGUCCUUUAAUGGGGAGCUGAGACUUUAAAAAUAUAUAUAUAUAAAAGAACUUUGUAGUGGGCAAGAAGUGAUUAGUCAGAUUAAAUUAGUGUGAAGUUAACUGAAUUAAUUUUUUUCAAUGUUUUGUGGUAAGUAUUUGUGUAGUGGCAGAAACCCAAGUCCAGAGUUCUUCCAUUGACCAUUCUUUUCACGUUGCAGGUAUGAUGGACGUGGUCACCUACAUGACCUUUCUGAAUACGAUGCUGAGUAUUCCACGUGGAACAGAAAUUACCAAUUAUCUGAAGAGGAGGCUAGAAUAGAAGCCCUCUGUGAUGAAGAGAGAGGAAGAAUACAAGAGAUUGAGCGAAGCUUUGGCAGAGGAUGGGACUUACAAUGCAGUGGGAUUCACUUACAGUAGUGAUUAUUACGAUCCUUCUGAACCCACUGAGGAAGAGGAGCAGCCUUCAAAAGCAAAACUUGCUGCAGCCAACGUCAAAGCCACAGAAGAAAAUGAAGAACCUUUUAUUGCCCCUCCGGGAUUGAAUGUACCCUCUGAUGUGGAACUGCCACCCACAGCCAAAAUGCAUGCAAUUAUAGAACGGACCGCCAAUUUCGUCAGCAAGCAGGGAGCCCAGUUUGAAAUAAUGCUGAAAGCAAAGCAAGCGCGGAACUCCCAGUUUGACUUUCUGCGGUUUGAUCACUACCUCAACCCUUACUACAAAUUUAUUCAGAAAGCCAUGAAGGAGGGACGAUAUGCGACGCCAUUGGAAAAGAAAAAGGAGGAAGAGGAAAAAACACGAGAUGCUGCUGAUGAAGAUGAUGACGACGACGAUGAUGGAGAUAACUACCUCCAUCCAAGCCUCUUUGCCUCUAAAAAGCACAACCGACUUGAGGAGCUUAUGAAGCCGUUAAAGGUGGUCGACCCCGAUCACCCGCUGGCUGUGCUCGUUCGCAAGGCUCAGGCUGAUAAUAACUUGGCUGCUGCGCAGUCAGUGGAGGGAGCAGCUGUUCAGACAUCGCAAAUAGAAUAUCCUUCAGAUCCCACCGUGGCAGCCAUGUAUUACAGUUACUACAUGCUGCCGGAUGGAACCUAUUGCCUUGCCCCCCCACCCCCUGGAAUCGACGUCGCCACUUACUACAGCGGUCUGCCGGCAGGGGUGACUGUCUCGAGCACUACAGGAGUCGCAACAAUAACAGCCCCUCCACCUCCCGGCACUACACCUCCGCCGCCUUCUGAGCCAGCCGACGAUAGUAGCGGAGCCAUGCCUGUCACAGCUUCCGCAAGCACAAUUCCUCCUGUGGUCGCCAUCAUCCCCCCGCCCCCAGACAUUCAACCUGUAAUUGACAAGCUUGCGGAAUACGUUGCAAGGAACGGGAUUAAAUUUGAGACCAGCGUUCGUGCCAAGAAUGAUCCAAGGUUUGAAUUCCUGCAGCCGUGGCACCAGUACAAUGCUUACUAUGAAUUUAAGAAAAGAUUCUUCCUCCAGAAAGAGGCCAGCGACAGCUCAAAGCAGGUGAUAUCUUUGCCUGAAGACAUUCCUGCUGACCCUGUCAACGUCGCACCCGUUGAAGCUCAGUUUGCUGCCGACUCUGUAUCUGAAGAUGCAGAAUCCGCUGGUCAAGGAAACGAUACAAUGGACCCAGCCGCCAUCAAAAUUGCCAAUGAUGGCAAGUUGAUUAAAGCAUCGUUUGCACCUAUAAGCUUUGCAAUCAGAGCCAAAGAAAAUGACAUGCUUCCCUUGGAGAAAAAUCGGGUGAAACUCGAUGACGACAGCGACGAGGAAGGAGAAGAAGGGAAAGAAGGCCAAGAAAACGCACACAGCACGUCCAACAGCGGCACGGCUUUUGCCGCGUACAGUAACGCUGCCGAGGAGAAGAAGCCUCAGCUUACACAGGAGGAGCUGGAAGCCAAGCAAGCAAAACAGAAGCUAGAAGACAGGCUGGCAGCUGCUGCCAGGGAAAAGCUCGCCCAAGCCUCCAAGGAAUCAAAAGAGAAGCAGCUUCAGGCUGAGCGGAAAAGGAAAGCCGCCCUGUUCUUGCAAAACCUGAAGAAUCCCCUGGCGGAAGCAGAGGUGGAGAAAAUUGAGGAGAAUGCCUUUAAUCUGGAGACUGUCAAUAGCAUGCCUUGUGCUCUGUUGACCAACGUGAGGACAUUGCCAGCCUUGGAAAUGAAAGUAUCGGAAAGGCCUUCAAGCAAAAGCAGAGAGCUUCCAAGAGAGGAAGAAAAGGAGAAGAAGAGAAAGAAGCACAAAAAAAGAUCCCGGUCGAGAUCCCGGUCACCCGCUUCCAAGUAUCAUUCCUCCUCGAAGUCCAGGUCUAGGUCACAUUUGAAAGCCAAGCACUCGCUUCCUACUGCAUACAGAACUGUCCGGCAUUCCAGACUCCCAGAAUCCACAGGGACAUUGAGCAUGGAGCCGUGGCUGAGCAGCCCGUCAUUGGGAGCCGCAACAGAGCGCAGGAGUUCUCAGGCAGCCUCGACAGCGCAAAGAUAUGACUGCCGGAGCUCAUUUGAGGGAGAUCCCGGUAAAAGAUCAAGAUCUCGCUCAAGAUCACCCCGGAGAAGGGCCCACACACCUGAGCGGCGCAGAGAAGAAAGGUGCAUUCCGACAGCUUACCGGGUUAGCAACAGUCCAGGAAUGAGCAGGAGGCGUUCCAGAAGCCCUCAUGAAAAGAAGAAAAGGAGAUCUCACUCCCACACCAAGUCCAAAGCAAGGUCUCACUCUCCCUCCGUCUCUCCGGGCAAGCAGUCUGCACUUAAGAAUGCCACCCAUUCAGCCAGCGUCUCUCCUGUGGAGAGUAGAGGAUCCAGUCAAGAACGGUCCAGGGGAGUUUCUUUGGAAAAAGACGGCCAGAUCUCUUCAGCCAUUGUGUCAUCAGUACAGAGUAAAAUAACUCAGGAUCUCAUGGCCAAAGUGAGGGCUAUGCUUGCAGCUUCCAAAAACAUCCCUACCAGUGCCUCCUGAGACCAGCUAUCCAGAAGACCUUCUGCAUCUGGAAGCUUCGAUCAGACGGCUCCCAGCAUCCUGAUUCCCUGACAGUGGAUUUACAAGGAGCUAAACAAAACCCUUUGCUAUGUACCCUUGGAACUUUGAUCCAUUUUCCACGUGGAACGUCUCGUCAGCAAGGUGCUGGUGCGGGAGGGAUUGUAAAUCACGUUUCGACCGGUGCUUCAGUAACGUUUUGCAAUGGAAAGGGGUCUGUAUAUUUGUAAAUACAAUGUUUUUGUGAGUGUAACUCAAUAAAAAUUGCGGAGGAGCCCUUUUUAUUAGCUA